AUGUCCGAGCAAUUUACCCAGGGCCGAGCGCCUUCCAGUUUGCGGAAAUUUACAUCGCCCGAAAUGGCGACCGAUCAGAAAAAGGGCCGAUUGACCGAGGCGAAGACCUGCAAAGCCUGUGACCAGUGCAGGAACCGGAAAGUUCGCUGCAUCAUGGAUUCCCAGCAACGCUCGAGAUGCAUCCACUGUAUUAAACGCAACGAGACCUGUCAUUUCACCCAGACCAAACGUAAGCUGAGAUCAAAAGCACCGCAGACCAGCAGGAAUCAUACAACCAGUCGACACCACAUACCGCUCGUCAACUCCUGGGCUGAAAAAGCCUGCAUUCAGCCGACUCUUUCAUCCCUGUUUCUGGACCAGAUGUUGGAAAAUAAGGGUCGCAGUAGCAUACUGAGGGAUAAUUUUGCUUUGCUAAGGGCGUCCGAUCAUGAUGUGACUAGUUCCAGCCUUGCCUUCUUCACGGAGCGCCGAAUUAACUCUCUGUCGCACCGGUUGGGCAAUGACCGACUCAGGGAGCUGGUUGAGACCAUCGAAUCCGUCAUCCGAUCGCGACUUCUUGCCGAGGGUCCAUCCUCGAUUUCACUCAUUACCUUUGGAAAGCCGUCUGAUACAGAGGACGUUUCGCUGGAAAAUGUCAGGCUCUACAUCAAUACUUACUUCCAUCAACUACAUCCGAUUUACCCUUUUCUCGAUCGUCAAAAGUUUGAGGAUAAAGUGUUCGGGCCCAACCUGUCUGAAACUCUGGCAUCUAGCUGUGCUUUCUCGGCUCUGUAUCACACAAUAUUGGCUCUAGGAUGCCGGUACCAUGAAGGCGGGGCCUUUGACCCAGGUAAUGGCAGGGCGUGGAAGCUUUUCCAGGUUUCUUUGGGCCUCGUGUCGGAUAUAUUGAUUCCCAGGGAGGCCUUAAUGAGUCUUCAAGCUUUGGUCGCCAUGUCAAUCUUCGCCAUGACGACUUGCUGUCUUCAGAUAGACGAAGUCUUGCUGAUGGAAGCUGCCCGAAUGGCUCAAAGCCUUGGAUACCAUCGAGCACUGAGCAACGGGGACCAACGGUACAAAGACACCUGUCAUAGGACCUUCUGGGUAAUCUACUACAUGGAGAAGGGAAUGUGCUUUCAGAACCACAAAGGCUCGAUGAUUCCCGAUCAUGAUAUCGGCUGUCCUGUCCCCGAUGUCCCAGAAUCCGUCUUUGAAGGGCAUAACUGGUUCUUAUCGGCCAUCAGCUUCGGGCGAAUUCUUUCACUUGCAUAUACCUCCCUCUUUUCGGUGAGUGCUGCAAUCCAACCUCCGGAGUCAUAUUAUGCCGCCAUCCAGAAUAUUGAAGCUCGGUUGGAGCGAUGGCGAUCGGCACUACCAGAGCAAUACCGUCCUGGUAUGCUGUCUCAGUCUCAUAAGCCGCACGUGGUCCCCUAUUUUUCAUCUUCCUUCCAUCAGCCGAGUUUUAAGAUGGUUGUACUCCAAACCAAGUUCUCGUACUAUGGUUUGAUCAUCGCCCUGGCAAGACUUGAGAUUUAUAUAGGUCGACAAAAUCAGUCUCCUUCGCAGGAGAAGGCCAGACGGCUGCUGAUGGAUACAGCAAGAGCCGUUGUGGAGGAAAGUAAGAAUAUCGACAUAGCUGCCUAUACGCCGACCUUCAUUCUGGCCAUUCUACCACUUGGAGCAUUAUUCAUUCUAUUUGACUUUGUCAUCCACAACCCGAUGCAUCCGGAAACCCUCAAUAAUCUCUCACUGCUGGAUGUCGCAGCUGGGCAUUUUAGUCUACUGGAGUACAAGUCUGGGGGUUUUGUGCCCGCUUCACUUCUGACCGAAUUCGCUCACAUCGCAAGACAGUAUAUCAAGGAUUAUGGCAGAAACCAACCACAGCACCAGCAACAAGAAGAGGCAGAGAUGCAGGAAAGGGAAGAUGAGGAAAAAGGUGCAGAACCGUGCGGAAUAGGCUCCUCUAACGUUGAAUCUACAUUAGCUUUCGAGGAUUCUGAGCAGUUGGCUCAAACGAACAACCCCAGCAGUAUCAAUGAUGUCUGCUUGCAAGAUGACAUUAUGGAAUUUUGGGAACCAAGUAACUAUCUUCACUACCCUGUGACGGCGGACACCACGGUGCAUGGCAGCAUGCCCGAGAACAUGAUGGCGGCAUCCUUCAAUAUACAAAGCUUGUUUGGUUUUGUAGUUCCAGAAUUCGGACAUGAUCUCUGAAUACGAACUAUCGAGAAACGUCUAGGGAACAAAACUUGUCCCAUAUUGGCCACCACUGUUGUUCGCCUUCCUCCCACCGGCUCUUCGCCUGCCAUUUGAGAGAUCAGGGGAACUACUCUUACAGCAGCAGGAAUCGGCUGGUGGCUUGAAACUAUCGAAACAUUAUAAUCAAUAAACAUUUAGAGAUCCCACUCCUGCAAUAGGGGUUUGGCAAUUUUUCUCCCACGACCCAUUCAUCUGCGGGAUCCAUCUAUACGAAUACGAACGGAGGAC